UUAUAAUAAUAUAUGUAUAAUCCUAAUAUCAUAUUCUGUCAUUAAAACAGGAGGGAUGGAGAGUGGUAUUGUUGGAGGCAGAGAGGUUAAACUUCAUUCCAGACCAUACAUGGCAUCUCUGCAGGGAUACAACCAACUUAGAAGUUGUUCUGGGAGCUCACAAUAUCAGCCAGAGAGAGAACAGUCAGCAGAUAAUCCAAGUCCAGAAAUACAUCAAACAUCCUAAUUAUCAGAAGAAAAACCACAGUUUUGACAUCAUGCUACUAAAGCUGAAGACCAAAGCUGUGCUAAAUCAUUUUGUAAAUAUUACAAAUCUACCCAAACACGAACCGAGUAUUCUUGCUCCUGUGGAAUGCUCCAUUGCUGGUUGGGGAAUGCAAAGACCUGGAGAAGGAGCAUCAAAUGUUCUUCGAGAAGUCAACCUCCAACUGGAGUCCAAUUCUUAUUGCAAAAGUAAAUGGCAGGUCUAUUUCAACUCUAAGAACAUGGUCUGUACUGCUUCAGAUGGAAAAAAGGCUUUCUGUCAGGGUGACUCUGGCAGUCCUCUUUUUUGUAAUUCUGAACUUUAUGGAAUGGCUGCAUACACAUAUCCUAAUAACUGCACAUUCAAGGAGUACCCUGAGGUCUACAUGAAGGUAUCUGCCUUCCUACCGUGGAUUAAAAAAAACAUGAAGUGAUUAAAAUGCUGUUGUACUGUAGCUUAUAUGAAGAUUAUUUAUACACCUAAAUGAUCUCUAAUUUGUUUUAUUGUGAACCCUGUAGUAAAAUGAUUAGGCUGUACAUUUACAUUUCUCAAAAUUAAUGUUAAUAAAAAACAAAGAACCUUUUGAAAA